CGCAACAAUUCUGUUUCGCCUUUCACUCAAGCCACGCACGCUAUUCACCAGCAUAUCCUCGCGUGAAUACAUCAGAGCCGACCGCUCUGGAACCGGGUGCAGGCCUGCCCCAGAGGUACGGCAAAUACUCGUUGGGCGCGCUGAAUCCUUUGAGGAACAACCUCCCUAUGUUCACAUGGCUUCGACAUAUGCGCUCCCUCUGAACACGUCUGCGCAUACGCAUGGUCAUGGACACUCUCAAUCGCACUACCUGUCAGACCGUCCCCCGUCCUGGGCCGGUCAAGUCAACGGCGUAUCAUCGGGAAAGAAGGAAUCAACACAAUCCAGCGCUGGUCACCAUCACCACCGCUCAGAGCUGAAUGGCCAAUUGCGCGCCCCCGAACCUUCACCCUACGCCGAUAGCCGCGAACAUAGCCACGACCACUCUAGAUCGACUGACAGCGGCUUCUCACUGAAGCCACUCAUGGGGGGCAGGCCUCGGGGCAGGCCUCGAGGGGAGUCCGACCUGGGCCGACCUCCUACUCGGAAGAGUAACGCCGCGGGGAACUUUGGCUUCUCUCCAAUACAUGAGACUCCUGCCCCACCACCUUCGACGUCCUGGCUCGAGCUGCCCGAAGCGCUCACUGCGCUCCUCAUACCCCUCCCGUUCCUCUUUGCGUCGCUCGCAUACCGUACUGUUGUCCCCCAACCUCGAAGACACUUCACUGGGCUUGCACCCGCCCACGAGCGAUUGCUGGAGUCUGUCACGAAAGAAUCUGAUACUCCCAGCGCAGCGCCUUGGACUUUGCCUGGCGGCUCACAAUUCCUCUAUGCGUGCACGCUUUCGUCAACGACGUUAAUUCUGGUUGGGAUCAUAUCAAAGAUACGCUCACUGGACCAGCCCUUGGAUCGACGGAAGUCUUUUGGGGGCUCUGAAAGUCCGGGCAAUGCACUGGAUGUGUUGAGGAAUCUCAGCUCGCUUGGCCGUAUGUGCAACACCAUUUUCGGUGUCCUACUUCCGUUUUAUGCAGCAAUGCACUUAGGCGGCGCCAUAACGGCUUUCGUUUUGUUGACAGCAGUGACAGCAGGGAUAGGAGGUUUUGAUCAUAAGCCGGGCAAACAUAUGAUUUGGGAUUCUUGGAAGAGGACGCUCCGGACUCGCAAGGUAACUUGCGGCAUUCUCGUGCUUGCGGCUAUUCUCCACAUGCUUGGUUCUGAGGGUAGCCUAAGUGUCCUCUCCGGUCAUCUUGCCUUGACAGCUUCCGUGCUUGUAAUCCCUCCUCCCUUUCCUACGGCCGGCUGGUCUUUGGUGACGGGCCUUAAAGACAGCAAUGAAUCCUGGAACAGUCGGGGAUCGACACGAAUAGCUUUGCCAAAGCCGUCUUCUCCAUUGACGAGCUCUCCCGAAGAUACACUGCUUACUAUUGUCGCAGGUGUCUGUCUCACUGUUUUCACUAUUCUGUUUUCCAUCAUCUCGUCCGAUUCACCUUCCAUUGCGCGAGAUCCAAUUGUAUUUUCGACUCUUUCCGUUGCAUCAGCAACUGCACUUAUCUUCUUUUCAAUACCCUCAGCUCUGCGAAGUCAGAAGAAGGUUGGACUUGCACUGGGCUGUCUUUUAGUCAUUGUAUUCGGGGGUUUUGAAUCUUCAAACACAUGGCAGGGAACACUCUACCUCCCGUUGAUAUGUGCGCUUUCUUUUGGAGCUGUGUCGUUUGACACGAAAACUCCUGUGCCUCACGCGCAUUCACACGGUCACUCGCAUUCCGGUCAUAAGCACGCUCAUGCACAUCAUGACCAUCAUCUUCAUGGAAAUCAUUCAAAGCUCUCCGAGUUACUCAUUGAACAGUGUACGCCUGGGUCCAUCAUUCAUACCAUCAUGAUUGAGAAGGACUCUCGUCGGAUUGCGUAUUUUGGAGUGCUCAAUCUGAGCUUCAUGCUCAUUCAAUUCUUCUACGGGUUUGUCAGUGGCUCGUUGGGACUGCUCACAGACAGUAUUCACAUGCUGUUUGAUUGUGCUGGCCUAGGAGUUGGCUUGGCUGCUGCCGUGAUGAGCAAAUGGCCCCCGAAUACUCGCUUUCCGUACGGCUACGGAAAGGUCGAUACUCUCUCUGGCUUUGCAAACGGAGUAUUCCUAAUGCUUGUGAGUGUGGAGAUUGUCUUCGAUGCCUUUGAAAGGCUCUGGGAAGGUCAUGAGCUGCAUCGUCUCAAUGAGCUUCUCAUCGUUAGUGUUCUUGGCUUCUUGGUGAAUAUUGUGGGUCUGACCGCGUUUGGACAUGCCCACCACCAUGGUCACUCGCACGACCAUGAUCAUGACCACGAUCAUUCCCACGGCCACUCACACGAAAAUGAGAAUAUGCAAGGCAUUUUCCUCCAUAUUCUCGCCGACGCUCUUGGAUCUGUGGCGGUCAUCAUCUCGACCCUUUUAACUAAAUACUAUGGUUGGUCAGGUUGGGACCCUAUUGCGUCGUGCAUCAUAGCGCUCCUCAUAUUCUUUUCCGCCAUUCCACUCGUCAAGAGCUCCGGAAUGCGUCUACUUCUAUCUCUCCCAGCGGACGUUGAGUAUGGCAUACGAAAUACCCUCCAAGAGUUGAGUUCUUUACGAGGUGUCGUCGGCUACACUGUUCCUCGCUUCUGGCUCGAAGAUGAGGGAGCAGCGCAUGCUGAAGUGCAUGCAAAAGAGCACAAAGAAUGUAAUCACGGGCAUUCGCAUCAUAACGACAAUCAUUCCCACCAUAAUCAUGGUCACAGCUAUGGAGGUCACGAUUCACAGAGUGAUAGUGAACCUCAUUCCCAUCAUCCCCACGACCAUUCAAACCAUCAUGGCCAACAUGAUCACUCGGAUCACGAUCAUAAUCAUGGACCUCGCCAGCAAAAAGUACUGGGCGUUAUACACAUCAUUGCCUCCCGGGCCGCGAAUCUCGAGGACGUGAGAGAGCGUACAGUACAAUUUCUUAAGGGAAGAGGCAUGGAGGUAGUCGUUCACGUAGAGACGGAAGGUGAAGGACGAUGCUGGUGCGGCGGCGGGGCCAAAGUGGCGUAAGGAAGGAGCUUUGCGUCAUGUUCGACUGUGACGGAGGGGGGUUUUUU